AUGACCGCGACAGAGGGACGGGUUCCGUUUCGCCCGAUCGCCGAACGAGCGCCACCAAUUGGCCCAAGUGGGGCUCUCAAUUCUAGCUAUCACACUCAAAAGAAGCCAAUUAAAAAGCCGAAUUUGGGGAACGAGGUACAUCCGGGCACCUCAGUGGCCCGACGAGAUGAUCGAAUCAAAUCUAUCGGCAGUUCUUUUGAAGAGAUCCGAGAAAGUAGUGAGGAAGCCGAGUGCGAAGAGCCAACGACCUCAUCCCUUCCAUCUUCAUCUCGUUCCCCGCACGCACUUGUCGAGUUGGCCUUCAAAAGGAGUCACUCACUCACCCAUCAGCACUCACUUCUAUCACCAAGAGGAGCUCGCCGCAUCGGUGUCGGUUGUUUGCAAAGGGGACUCUCCGAGCCAUUGCUUCCACCGCGACGGAAAACCUCAUUCGGCGAAUAUGGGGGCUCGUUGAUGGAUAGAGUCGAUUCGCUGAGUUUGGCGCCGAUUCCGGAGACGGUAACCCCAUCGUCGCCGAGUCACCACGGCGAAUCACUCUUUCGCCAGGAAUCCGAG